UUUAUUAUACUUAUCUACGAUACGGCAACCUCAGCACAGCUGAUAAAACAACCAAAACAGCUGAUUUUACGCGAACAUUUGUUGCACACUUUUUAUUGAAUGAAAUUCAAAGUUCCGCAUUAUUUAGCAUCAUUUCAAUUAAAAGUUUAAAUAAAUGUAUUAAAUUUAUUAAAGGUGUUAAAUAAUGUCUAUCGAGUAUGCAAAUCUUUGUUCCGUGGUAGUCAAGCAAGUGUUUGGCGAGACUGUGCAGAUCGUGGCAGAUUGUUUAUUCUGUGCAGUCUCACGCACGCUGCCGGCUAUAUUAAAGAAAACAAAUCUAUCGCGAAAGGAGGUCUCAACAGCAUUAGCUGUGCUAAUAAAAUAUCAAUUAGUGGUGUUUGCACCGUGUGCAACAAAUCCCUUCUUGGCGGAAUACUCGCUUAAACGCGAAGAAAUAUUUUAUAUAUUACGCUAUCCCAGCUACGUGCAGUUGAUACACUCAAAAUAUGGUCCAGUAGGUGCUGCUAUUGCUGAAGAACUGCUCCACAGCGGUCCGCAGACAGCAACAAAUGUACUCCUAAAAUGUAUUGCUAAUUCUGAAAUCAAGGAAAAAAUUGAAACGUAUAGAGAAAACUUUUUGGCUAUGGUUAGUGAUAAUUAUCUAAUACGUUUGCCACAAUUGAUAUCUGCCGAGGAGGACCCAGUGCCCAAAUUACAAACCGACGCCUAUCAAUAUUUUGCUCCACCGGAUAUAAAUCUGCAUUUUAUAUCUGAAGUGCAGGCGGGUAAGGAGAAAGUGGAAAAAGCUGCUGAUGCGGGUAUUUACUGGCAUGCCAAUUUCAGCCGUUUUCACCAAGACUUUCGGGAUACCGUAAUGAUUGGUGCAAUAGAGAGAAAACUAGGAACCAGUGCAAGUGAAUGUUUCAAAUAUAUACUCAAGCAAAUGUAUGAGCGUACAGAUCCAUGGCAAAAGGAUUGCUCGAACCCUUUCACUUUUGCUGAAAUUAAACAAACAAUUGAAAAGAAAUCGAAUAAUCUGGAUUUAAUAAAGCAUUUGGAUCAGUACGUUUCGCUGAUAGCUGAUGAUCCUUUACGCUUUAUACGGAAAAUCGGUGAAAUGGGUGGUGGUCAAUAUGUUGUAGAUUUGAAUCAUGCUUUUGAAGAGUUGACGUUAUCAUGGUUUGGUAGUGUGAUAACAGAACGUUAUGGUUCAAAAGCAUCACGUAUAUUUCGUAUAAUACAUAUGAAGAAAUACAUUGAGCAAGAGGAAUUGCAAAAAGAGGCAAUGAUACCAGCACGAGAGGCAAAAUUGCUAUCGUACUAUUUGUUUCAAGAUCAAUUUAUACAGAUUAAAACAAUUAGGAAAGCAGGCGGUGGUGGUACAGGACCGGCAAAAGCUUUCUUUUUGUUUCACUUCAAGCCUAGACAGAGUGUCCGUAUGAUAUUAAAUGUUUGCUAUAAAGCUUUAUAUAACACUAUCGAACGUUCGAAUUUUGAAAAGUCGGAACAUAAGCGACUCAUUGAGAAAUCGCAAAAGCUGGACAGUAUUGUUGCAACAAUGAAGGAGCGCGGUGAAUCUGCAGAAUACAUUGAGGAAAUACUUGAAACUCUGACUCCACCCGAGAGAGAGAUUCUCGAAAAGGUUAAAACUCGUAUUAAGACACUAUCUAAAGCCGAACUGACAAUAGAUGAUAGUAUAUUUUUAUUACAAAUGUAUUUACACCACUCCAAGGUAGAAACAUCGCUUACCACAAAGGACAAGAAAUAAAGGCAUUAUUUUUAUUGUAAAAUAUAAAA